AUGAAGCUUUACUCUGUCGCCCUUGCUCUUGCGGCUUGCCUGAGCAUGGCAGCUGCCCAGGGCCUUGACGGUCUGCCUGAUUGUGCUAAAUCAUGCGCGACAGAUUCCAUCCCCGCUAGCUGCGGUCUUGACGUGAAGUGCAUCUGCACCGACACGUCCUUCAUUUCGGGUAUUUCGUGCUGCAUUCUCAAAUCGUGCCCUGCAGACAAGCAGCAGGCCGCCGUCCAGUUUGCGAACCAGAUAUGCAAAACCGCCGGUGUGACCAACAUGCCUCAGUCUCCCAGCUGCGAAAACGAAAAUCAAUCUGCCACUGGCACAUCCUCUGCAUCCUCUACAACCACUUCUGAUUCUUCCACUUCUGAUCCUUCUACUUCUGAUUCUUCCACUUCUGGUUCUUCCACCAAGACGGCUACCAAUGAGUCCAACACCUCCCAGACCGCUGCGACUGCAACCACUUCUACGACUUCUACCACUGGCUCCGCGACCUCGUCUGCUACUUCGGCCGCCCACACCAGUGCCGGGGCUGCCGUUUCUCAGCACAAGGAGAUUGGUCUCCUUGCGGCUGCCGGUGCGGCUGUUGCGGCUUUCGGCAUGCUCGCUUAG